UCUCCUGCUGCGUGGUCUGUUGAAUGAAAACACAGUAAUUUAUCCAUCUGUUCUCCUACUUAAGGGCCAUUGCUUAUUUUUGCACACUUGCCUCAACAUUGGUCUCAGAGGGUUUGGGGGUGGUUGUAUUGUCUUGCUUGGUUCCUCCGUGAAACUGUGAAUAGCUAUUUGUACCAUCCCCCUACACUGGUUAGAGAUGAGGAAACUAAGACUCAGAGAGGGUGAAUCACCUUCUCAAAGCCGCGCAGUUCCAGUGGGCCAGAGGUGGGCUGCGAACCUGGACGCUUGGCAAUUCCAGAGCCCAGAGGCCCUCCCAUGUCCCACAUGAGCCCUCGGCUACCCGUUGGCUUCCCCUCUUGGCUCUGUGCCUGGCCGCCUGCUCUCCCUCCCCCAGAACACCCUCCCCCUAACAGGCUUUUGGUCUCCCCUCCUCUGGCCACCCUCCCUCAUUCUCCUUCCAGAAAAGGGACCCAACCGGAAGGCCAGUUUGUGUUAGGAAAUUCCAGCCACGUGAGCCAACCCGAGCCAGGGAUUCUGAGCAGCCCGUGGCUUUAGAAGAAACUGAAACUUGGUUUGCUGGGGGCGGAGUGGUCACCGGGGAUUUAAAGAGCUGCCACUUCCUUGGGCCCCCAGAGGGCACUGGGAGGUCACAGUGGCAGAGGGACACCCGAACUGAGCCUCUGCCUACCCCCUGCCUAAGCCAUGCACCUCUGUGGGGGCAAUGGGCUACUGACCAGGACGGACCCCGAGGAGCAUCAGAGGCUGAAGAAGAAACAGAAGAACCGCGCAGCGGCCCAGCGCAGCCGGCAGAAGCACACGGACAAGGCGGACGCCCUGCACCAGCAUGAGACCCUGGAGAAGCAAAACCACGUGCUGCGGAAGGAGAUCCAGGCCCUGCAGGCUGAGCUGGCAUGGUGGAGCCGGACCCUGCACACACACGAGGGCAUGUGCCUCGUGGACUCUGCCACCUGCUUGGCUCCAGUGACCCCUGGCGGCUGGGGCCAGACGGAGCGGCCACCGUACCCCAUGUUCCAUGAACAACACGACUGCCAGGAGCCAUUGGGCCUGUUCCAGACCCCAGUCUCCUCUCCCUCGACUCACCGGCUCUCUCCAGAUCUGCAGCCUCACAGUUCGCCUGGCCUCCCCCUGUCCCCUCUGCCCUCUCUGUCCCUCGGCUCUACCAAAGUUACCGCACCUCCUGCCCAGCCGUCCCCCAGCCUUGUCCAGUCAGCCUCACCCCUUGGCUCCGGCCUUCCAAGGCCUUCCUCUGAGCUCGACACCCUACUGCCCAGCCCCCCAGCCCUAUGUGGCCCUCUACAACCCCUUGUGAUGGAGCACCCCACCAGCGGGAAGCUGGGGUCCUCCCCUGACAACCUCUCAGUGGCUCUGGGGCUGGCCUGCCUACAGGGUAAGGAGCACAAGCCUGUGGUGCUCUCAGCUGCACAUCAGCUCGGGCUGGGUGUGGAUCCCAGCCCCCACCCCCUCUUGGCUUUCCCCCUGCUCUCCUCUGCUCAAGUCCACUUCUAACGCAUCCCUGGGAGCUGAGCUAGCCCCUUCCUUGGGCUGAAGUAGCAGCCUUAGCACACAGGCAUCUCCUCGUCUUCCAUUGGAGGUUGCCUUUCUUGGCUGACCAGCUGGCCCACCAUUUCACCAGGAAAAGAACGUCAUCGCUGUUGCCCAGCGCUCCGCCGGGCCCUAUGACAGCCGUUAUCUUAUUUCAACUUCAUGGUCAUUCCGCGAAAAUCCAGAUGAUCACUCUACCUUUUUAGAUAAAGAGACAGAGGCCAGAGAAGCCAUGUGACAUGCCCAAGGUCACAAAGUCUUUUUUUGGGACCUGAAACACCACCAUCUGCUCUUCCUUCUCCUGGUGGGAUCCUGACCUGGGCACCCUAGGAGCUAAAGUCCUAGAAACUGGGGGCUGGUAUGAGAAGGUUUACGUGCUGGGAGCAGGGAGGAGCUUUUUCUUCUGGUUUUCGAUUCCGAGAGCCAUGGACAGUUCCUGAAACCCCGCCCUAGCUGGGGCUAGUCCAGAGUCCAAGCCUGGGUGAGGAGAGGCCAGGCAGGGGCCCAGAAGGCCUGGAAGUGGACUCUUUCUCCCCUAGCAGUGUUUUCAGUGUCAAGAAACUGAACCUGUAGUCUGGAGUUGCCUGGAGAAGCCUGGAACAGUCCCCCUCAAUCCCCCAGGGAUUUCUGCAGGAGGGGCACCCAUAGCCAUACCAAGACCUCUGGAAGAUUCUCCGAGGUCAGCUCUCCAGGCUAUUCCCCAAUAGCUCCCUGCCUCUCCCAGGCAGGAACUCAGCUGCAGUAUCGUUGGGAUGGGGUUAUGGGGAGGGGUUUUCACUCAGACUCAGGACAAGCUCUGUAACGGGCCUGAGAUGUAGAAACCCCAAAUCUUCCCCCAGAUUUUCACACACAUGUAAACAGACACUAUGCUGGUAUUUGACACACUCCAGGACACUGAGGACAAGUCUCGGCACACAUGUUAUGGUAAAUAAAUUAAAGUGUU